GUCACUUACCGAGAGCAGAGAGUGGUCCCCAAUGGCAUAUCUUCUUCAGAGGACUAAUGCACAUGUUAUCACCAUAGAACGGCUGAAAAAUGUCACGCGAAUUCGAUUCCUAUACAACCGGCGUGCUACCAACUCGUGACUUACCAUCAUCUAAACCAUCUACACCUAAAUGUCGAAGACCUAUAAGAGAAUGUGAAGAAAAAAGUUGUUUACAAAAUAAUUAUCACAAUUCAGAUACGGAAAAUAACGUAUCUGAACAAUCAAAAUUAAACUCAUCUGAAAGUGAAACAUCAGAAGAUGAUAGCAUUAAAAAAAUAAACAAUAACACAAAUGAACAAAUAAAAAAAGCUUCUGAUGAACAUAUUAAGGGGAAUGAGAAAAAAAUAUCUUCGCAAAAUGAUAUUUCUUUAACAAAAAAAAAGUUCUCAUAUGAAAGUUCUCAGUUACGUAUAUAUGAACAAGAUACAAAUAACUCUUGUGUAGUAUCUCAUUAUCAUAUCAUUAUUUUAGCAAUUAUAGCAAUUUUAGUUGUUUUAUUUAUAAAUAUGGAUGAAAAACAAAUACAGCCCAAAAAUAAUUUUACUUCACGGUUUAAAUCCUUUGAAGAAAUUAAAGCAACAUUUUGUAAUCAAGAAUCAGAUACUUGGAAUGAUAUUGCAACUGCAAUAAAUGAAACAAAAUCAAGAAAUCCUAUGAAUAAACCUCAAAUUAUUCUAUUAUUUGCGAAUGAAACCACCACAAUGGAUUGUUUAGCCACAGCAUUGGCAAGUGUAAGCAGUAUUGUUUUACACAUGGAUAGUCCUCUAUACUUAAAUCCAGAAAAUUUUGGAGAUGAUGCUGGUAAGAUCAUUACCAAACUAAAGAAAGAUUCUUCAUCAAAAAAAGUUGUGUUAAUUCACGAUGUAUUGAAUAUCAAUGUAGAAGCAAUAAAAGCAUUACAUAAUUUGUGUGAUAAAAUAAGCCCUUUAAUUAGGGAAGCUAUUUACAUUUUUACUAUGCAAACCAACAAUUAUCAAUCAUCACAGCAAAAAUUGAAGUUUGUAGAGGAUCAGUUUUACCAUAAACUAUCAGAAAGCAUUGAUCAAGAUAUUUUAAUGGCACUUGUAACGCGCGUUACAGAUGCAGCAAUUAUAUCCGUACAACCCGAACCAAAUUUAAGAUAUUGUUAAUCUUAGUUGCAAAAACAAUAUUCUAAAGGCACUUAGUAUUAAUAAUACAGUUCUAUAAAUAAUAAGAUUAGAUAUAAGUAAAGAGAACAACAAAGUUUAACAAGACAUGAAUUGAUACUUGUAAAAGAUGCAUAUUUAAUGUGUUGCAAGAUAAGGCUCCUAAAUUGUCACUACAGCUAUGUCAGAUUAAGAUUAUCAGAAUCGAGUAAUUACAAGUAUUUUCUUGAAUCAUACAACAUAAAAAACUAGUUUUUUUUUACACGUCAUCACUCAUAUUUUUUUAUUAAUUAAAUUCAAUAAUUUAUUUCACACAAAAAUCAAUCAUUUAUUUUUUUUUCCUUUAUAUAAUGUCUAUUGUCCUAAUAUAAAGACACUACAGUGUCGAAUUAGGAGCCUUAAUUCUCUUAGCAUCUGCAAGAAUAUAAAUUACAUGAUAGCUAUGGCAGUCAUGAUCAAAUUUCUCUCCGAUUAUAAAUUAAAGAAAUGUAAAAUUUAUCUGUGUUAAUUUAAUUUUAUUUUAUUAUGUCAAUAUUACACGAAAUAAAUUUUAUUUUUAGUGAAUCUUUCUAAUCAGAAUUUCAUACUUCUAUGUAUUUUCGAAAAAUAUAAUGACACUGUUAUGUAUCUACUGAGAUUUAACGUAUAUUUCCGAAUAUAUUUUUAUUUAGCUUUAAAAUAAAAUACAAUUAGGAUUAUCUCAGUGUAUAUUUCGAUUUUCGUGUUAAUGUGUCAGUCGGCAGUCUGUACAGUAAUUGAAUAAUGUCUAGUAUCAUAUACUCAUUGCCAAUUUACAAACCUUUUCUUUCAUUACAAUUUUAAUUUAGUAAAUAAAAUAAUUCGGGAUAAUUAUAGAAAAAUUGCAAUGUUAUUCUUAACAUACAAAUUAUUACUACAAUUACAAAUAUAAGGAAAUAACAAAAACUUGAUUUUGUAUAAAUUGUGAUUUUAUAUAUAUAAUAAAUAACAUUAUAUAAACAAA